CUUGGCUCGUCGCUGCCUCCCCCGGCCCACCUUGCGCGUAAACAAAACACGCGGCGGGACGGAAAAGGAAAGCCGAGGAGAGGAGAGGAGAGGAGAGGAGGAGGAGAGAGAAAGAGGGCGGGGGCUGGGGCGGGGAGCUACACGGCCAAACCCUACGCGGCCUCUUCUCUCUCUCUCUCUCUCUCUCCCGCGCCCGCGCCCUUGCCGUUUUUGCCCUGGUCGUCUCCUCUCAGGAGCAGGCGGCAAUCUAUCGGUCGGGGAGGAGGGAGCGGGUGAUUCCGUCGGCACUCCAGGAUGGUGCGGGGGAAGACGCAGAUGAAGAGGAUAGAGAACCCGACGAGCCGGCAGGUCACCUUCUCCAAGCGCCGCAACGGCCUGCUCAAGAAGGCCUUCGAGCUCUCCGUCCUCUGCGACGCCGAGGUCGCACUCGUCGUCUUCUCCGCGCGCGGCAAGCUCUACGAGUUCGCCAGCGCCAGCUUCUGUAGCAACUGCGUGACCUCUCGUCUUGUGGCCUGUGGGGGACGAACACCUGUACUGUGCAGACGCCAUCCCACACAUCCCCCUUCCUCUCCAUUGGCUGGUUUGAAGUUUUUGCGUCCGGGAGAAUCUUGCCUUGGUUUUGCCGUGGAUGUGCCGAAAACAAUUGAACGUUAUAGGAAAUACACAAAGGACAAUGUCAGCAGCAAGACUGUGCAGCAGGAUACAGAGCAAGUAAAAGCUGAUGCUGAGGGCCUGGCGAAGAAACUAGAAGCACUUGAAGCUUACAAAAGAAAACUUUUGGGUGAGAAGUUGGAAGAAUGCUCAAUUGAAGAACUGCACAGUUUGGAAGUCAGACUUGAAAAGAGCCUCCAUAGCAUCAGGGGAAGAAAGACUCAGCUGCUCGAACAGCAAGUUAAUAAGUUGAGAGAGAAGGAGAUGACGCUGCGUAAGAGCAAUGAAGAUUUACGUGAAAAGUGCAAGAAUCAGCCUGUGCUGGCGACUCCUCUGGCAGUCGUCACCAGAGAAGAUGAGCACCCGGACCAGAAGGUCGACGACAUGGAUGUGGAGACCGAGCUGUAUAUAGGAUUACCUGGCAGAGAUAAUCGUCCCCACAAGGCCGCAGCAGUUAGUCAGGCUCACCAUGCUUGAGUAAACAGGAGGAGAAUAAUCUAGAUCUCUGGCAUGGAGAUGCAAGCCAAUCAAUGACGCCCUUGAAAUCAAUCGCGUUGUAUUUACCUACCUGUGUUUUCCAUGGAUGCAAAUGCAAGGCACAUGCAACAAACAUCCGACAGAAAUACUAGUUGCUGCCGGUAUCUCUUCUUUCAAUCGAAAUUUGAAGUAUA